GAUCGCUCUCAGGUUCCUCUCUGCCGUAAUAACCACGAGAUGUACCGUAGGAAUUAGCCAAAAAACAAUCGAAAAUUGUUUAAAAAAUGUAAGGUUAUGAAAUCGCGACUGUGCUCCAAAACUAAGGACACUGGGACACAUAGAACAACUUAAGUAGUAAGAUUCUAUAUGAAAUAAAUAUGCAUAAAGUCCAAAUAAAACAAAUUUAUCGUAAGAUAUUAUCUAGCAGAAUUGAUUUCUCUGCUUUUAAUCUUAAAAGAUCGAUACUAAGCAAUAAACAAUAAAUCAGUUAUUUCAAGAGAAUGGCGACAAUUGCAAGAAUCUCACAAGCAAGCAUUGUGCAAGCCACAAAGAAACAUACUGCAACUAUAUUUUUCUUCCAUGGUUCUGGUGGUACAGCAGAGAAUUUAAAAGAAUGGAUUAAUAUUCUUAACAGAGAAAAACUACAGUUUCCACACAUAAAGUUAAUUUAUCCUAGUGCACCUAGUCAGGCUUACACACCUAACAAUGGAAUGAUGCAAAAUGUAUGGUUUGAUCGUUUAGCGAUAUCUAAUGAAGCACCAGAACAAUUAGAGUCACUUGAUUCCAUGUGUCAAAAUGUAUCGGAAUGGAUUGACCGAGAAGUUGCUAAUGGAAUUCCACUUAAUAGAAUAAUUUUAGGUGGAUUUUCGAUGGGUGGUUGUCUCGCAUUACAUUUAGCAUACAGAUACCGAACUGUAGCUGGCUGUUUUGCCAUGUCUUCUUUUCUGAAUAAGAGGUCUAUAAUCUAUGAGCAUUUGAAAAUGAAUUCAGAGCAUAAUAAAAUACCACUUGUUCAAUACCAUGGUUUAGCAGAUAGUUUAGUUCCUAUCGAAUGGGGUGAGGAGGGUGCUAAGAAUCUGCAAGAUCUUGGAGUAAACGUGACGUUUAUACCGUUGAAAAAUAUCGAACACGAUUUGAGUCGUGAGGAGAUUCAAAGUUGGAAAGACUGGCUACUCAAUAUCUUGCCGGACAAAUAAUACAUAAAAUGUUAAAUAAAAAUCUUAAAAUGUAUAUAUAUAUAUAUCAUUGUUGAUGUAUUACAAUUAAAAUUGUAGUGCAGAUGUUAUUCUAUUUGUUUUUGGAAAAUUAUAUCUGUGUUAUAUGUAAUGAUAGCAAGUUUUAUUACAAUACGCAAGAGCCAUAUCAAUU